AUGAGAUCAAGACCUAGUACCCUUGUGAGGAUUUUACCACUCAAGUUUUUUGGAGUGAUACCGCUUUAUUUGGGAGUGGAAGUCAUCUUAGGAAUCACUAUUUUGAACAAGGCCGGAGGAGUUUAUGGCUUUUUUUCAUUGAUCACAGGGCAUCCCAUUAACUUUUGGCAAUGGGUUUAUAAUUUUCUCUGUGUUGCUGUGUUGCCAGUCUACGUUUCAUCUUUAAUGAAUGUAACUACUAAGGGCAAUACAAAGAAGUUCUCUCUUUGUUGCAUCACUUACGUCUUAGACACUAUAAUUGGAUUGUUCUUUACGCUUCAUUUUGGCUUAUGGUGGUAUUUCACAGAGGGUAACGUUAACUAUGGAGAACGUUCCAGAACUUCCGAUAGUGUUGCAAUGCAUUUCAAAAGAGCUAACCAAAUAGGUUCUUCUUCAUCACAGAAGUAUACAGAACCCCAAAUGCCAAUGCCAACAUAUGGUGAAUCAUCACUUAGUCGUGAAACUUUUAUUAUUCUUGCUUCCACCAUCGUCGUCACACUUUUCCGGUUGUACUUCACAUUGGCUAUUGUGUCUUUCACGAGGUUAUUAUUGAAACAAGAAUCUGUGGCCAGAAGAAGUAGUGAACGUAAUGAAGUUCAGGCUCAAGGUUUUGAGGUAUACGACGAAGGAGAUGGAUGGAUAGCUUGGAUCAAAUAUGAGUUUAGACAUCUUCGUGAUGACUUGGAACACCAUUCAAAACACCUCUUGGAUCGUUAUUUUGCCAUCCAACCAUAA